CUCUUUUGGUACAAAGUUAAGUUCAAUCAAAAAUAUACAAGAUGAUUUUCCCCGUGGCUCUUAUUUCUGCCAUUUUCCUAAUUUCCGCCUCCCUGGGAUCGGAAGAAUCAUGCUACCUCUCCGAAGAGGAGGAAGAUCAAUGUGCAUCGGUUUGUUAUCCAAUCGUGAAACCUCUACUACGCUAUUUUGAGAAAACUAAUGAAAAGGAUGCCCAGCUCCUAAGGUGCAAAACAGACUAUUCAGAACUUCAAAAACGACAUUCAGACUUGCAGAGCAAGGAUCUUAAACAAUAUGCCCAGAUAUCCAAAUGCCAACAGGACUAUUCAGACUUAGUGAAAUCGAAUUUGGAAGUGCUGAGUCAACUUAAAGAUAGUACAGUCAAAUAUGUGCAGUUGCAUUCGAAGCAGCAGGAAGUUGAAAAUCUAAUAAAUCAGAAAAAUACGGAAAUCGACCUCCUAAAAGAUCAAAUUAGGGAACUAAAAGAAAAAAGUGAACUUGCAACGUUGACUAAUCAGUUCCGCGAAGACAUUGCCAAGUUGGGAAAUAUAGUAAAGAUUGGAGGAAUUCAUGAAAAUAAUCCAACAAAAUCGGAAGUAGAAACUGGGGAGGUCCCAACAACUCCAUUGCCUAAUAUUAAUAUUGAGACGACGCCCAAAACAGAAACCAUAGAUUUUCCAGACCCUUGUCCACGAGACCAAAAACAAUUAAGAGUCCUCCGCGAAAUCCAACUACCAGGCUCAGACCCGUUUAAAGUGGUUUGUUUUUCAGAUUCGGAUAUUGGAUCUGGAUGGUUUUAUGUUUAUAAAAAAUGGUAUCAUUCAAACAAAUUGAAUGGCACGUAUAAAGAUUAUGAAAGUGGAUUUGGCCAUGUCGGAACUUUUCCUACCGCUGAGUUCUUUAUUGGACUCAAUCGAUUGCACCAUCUGACCAGUGGAAAGCCUCAUGAAGUGCUUUUAUGGUCCAAUAGCAUGGAAAAAAGAUGCAAAAACUUUGUAGUGGGCGAUCGAAGCGAAGGUUACAAGGUGAAAAGUAUUGGCAAUUGUACUGGAGACGACAUAUGGAUGAGCCCUAAGCAGGGCUCUAAAUUUUCCACAUUCGAUCGAGAUGAGGAUGGAGUUCCUGGUCGUAACUUGGCGGAGGAAUGGGGCUAUGGCUGGUGGAUCGAUUCUAGUAUGAGUGAUGUGAGGUGUGUAUUCGAAUUUGAUUGUUUCUUUCGUUUCAUCUCCAACAGGAAAACUUUCUAA